AUGGAAGAAGCACUUAACCGUCUCAACGGAACAACCACCCCAACUGCCAUCACAGAACCCGACUCCAAAAAGCCAACCGCCAACAAAAGAACACUACGUGAAACCACUGCCACCGCCGGCAACGGUGGUGCCCUCAGGUACCGCGGAGUACGCCGCAGACCUUGGGGCCGUUACGCCGCUGAAAUAAGAGACCCUCAGUCUAAAGAACGCCGCUGGCUUGGUACCUUCGACACUGCUGAAGAAGCUGCUUGUGCUUACGACUGCGCCGCACGUGCCAUGCGUGGCAUCAAAGCUCGUACGAAUUUCGUUUAUCCAACUUCUCCUCCUCCUUCUUCCACUUUUCCUUCCUUCAACUUCCCGAAACAUUCUUAUUCUCAUUCUCAAACUCUUGAUAAAACAACUCCAAACAACCGACACGUGUCGUCUUCGGGUUGGCCAACCGCCUCUGAAACAAACGGUGGUGAUUUCGGUAACCGUAGAAACCCUUCAACUACUUCACUUGACAUGCUUCUGUUUCGUGAGUUCAUCAACUCUUCCAAUUCCAACUCUUCUUUCGUUUCUUCAUCUCAGAAUCACUUUCACGACAACUUUUCUUAUUCUUAUAACAACAUAGGAAAUUCUAGUACUACUAGUUCAACCUCAUGUUCUGGUUCUGGUUCUACUUUUCUCCCAGGAUGUUGUUUGGUGAAUUCCUGUUGUGGUGGGGGUGUUAAUAGCAACAACAUGAACAGUACUUUUGUUGGUUUAGAUUCUGUCAAUGGUUCAAACGUUUCUGCUGAUGAAGAUAAUGAGUUUUUUCCUAAAGAGUCUUCUGAUUCUGGAUUAUUGGAAGAGAUUGUUAACAGGUUCUUACCAAAACCUAAGGAAGAGAAUAAGAAUGAAUGUUUGGGAAAGACUUUCUGCGACCCUUUUGUUCCUGCUGCACCUGUCUAUGAUCACACGUUUGAGAUUAAAAAGGGUCUUCAAAAGAACGAUUAUUUAGGUGGUGGAUUUGAUCAAAAUGAUUUCAAUAUGCAACAGUUUGAGAAUUUUAAUAAUGGGUUUAACAGCAGUUUUCAGUCUGUGCCUUUUGGAAAUGAACAGACCAUGGUGAAUCAUGCUGAUAAUUCUGUGUUUCAGUAUCAAGAGGUUCUUAAUGCUUUUGCACUCAGAAUGCAAAAUGCUUAA